ACGAUCGAAACAACAGAGUGAGAGCCGUCGUCUACCUACCAGUUUGCGGUUCAUACAAAAUCUUUUUGUACAAGAACAUUGAACAUCUCGAAUCCUUGCAUCUCUUUGCUUGAACUCGUAGAUUUCAACUCUCUUUUCUUUCUCCGAUCCUUUACCAGCCGACCCAUGAACGCAAAACCCUUUUAGCCACCAUGUGCUUCCGUAAACCACCAUCCAGUCCUCUUCUGAUUUCCCAAACUCGUUUCAAUCGAAAGAUAUAGGUUCCCAAAAUCCCUUUCUCCGAUUUUCAAAUAAUCUAAACUAAAUUAAACUAUUGGAGUAAUGGGAGAUCUGUUCGUAUGGCUUCUGUUUUUCUUCAUCCUCAUUGGUCUUAUCGCCCUUGUUGUUUUCCAGUUGAUGUGCUUGGCUGAUUUGGAAUUCGAUUACAUUAAUCCAUAUGACUCGGCGUAUCGAAUAAACAAAGUGGUAUUACCAGAAUUCAUCACUCAAGGGAUCUUUUGUUUCCUAUGUUUAGUUACUGGACAUUGGGUAAUGUGUCUCUUGACUGCACCAUACCUCUACUACAAUGUCAGAUUGUACACGCAGAGAAAGCAUCUAGUGGAUGUAACUGAAAUAUUCAACUUACUUAGCUGGGAAAAGAAACAACGAUUGUUCAAACUAGGCUAUCUCAUUUUUCUUCUGUUUAUCGCCUUAUUCUUGCUAAUCUGGAAUGCUUUGGAGGAUGAUGAACACGAUUUCUAGGCAAUACUUCUUUAUUUUGGGCUUUAGGAUGAUUUUGACAUUUUUUUUUUUACGAAUAUCAACUUGAUCUAGGGGUGACUUUGUUACAUUUUCUAUCAUAAAAGGCCAUUUUUUGUGUUCAUUAAUGUUUUGUGGUUAUGCUAUUGAUUAACUUAAGCUCACUAACAAUUUGACAGUUAAAUGUAUCGUUUCGUUUAUUAGUCUCAAACAUCAUUAUGUUUGGUUUAAA